AUGUCCGACGUUGCGAUCCUCUCGGAAGGCGUCGGGUACGGUGUCGUUCUCGGCAUCGGCUUCUUCUUCGCUGCGCUCAUGUGCGGCCUCACUUGGAUCCAGAACAAGUACACGACUCGACGCACGGCGUCGGUGGCUGAAUUCGCGUCGGCGUCGCACUCGGUCAAGCCGGGAAUGAUCGCCUGCGCAAUCGUAUCUUCAUGGACUUGGGCUGCAACGUGCGUCUCCACCGCGCAAGGCUACAAGAACGGCAUAAUAGGUCCCUAUAGCUAUUCGGCGGGUGCCAGCGUGCAGAUUAUCGUUUUUGCGUGCAACGCCGCCAAGAUCAAGCUGAACGCGCCAAAGGCCCACACGUUCCUCGAGGUGCUUCGCGUGCGAUGGGGCAAGACGGCGCACAUCGUCUUUCUGUGCUACGCGUUCGUCACGUGCCUCCUCGUCUCGGCGAUGCUCGUCACUGGCGGCUCUGCUGUCGUCACAGACCUGACCGGCGCCAGCACCCCGGCCAUCUGCAUCCUUAUGUACGUCUGUCUGCUCAUAUACGUCCUCAUUGGAGGCCUCAGGGCGUCAUUGCUCGCCGACUACGUCCACAGCGGAAUUUUGUUUGCUAUCAUCAUGGCCUUCAUGUUCCAUGUCUACACGCGCAGCGAGAAGAUCGGCUCCCCGAGCGUCAUGUACGACCUGCUCGUCAAAGCCGCCGAGGACUGGCCCGUCGAGGGCAACAAGGACGGCUCGUACUUGACGUUCCGAGCCAAGAGCGGCCUCAUCUUCAUGCUGAUCAACCUCGUGGGAAACUGUGGUACUGUAUUCCUCGACCAAGCGUACUGGCAACGUGCCAUCGCGUCGGUCCCGUCUACCGCCGUCAAGGGUUACCUGCUCGGCGGCAGCGCCUGGCUCUCGGUCCCCCUCGGCAUGGCCACUACGAUGGGCCUCUCUGCCGUCGUCCUUAAGUACGACCCAAGCUAUCCGGGCUACCCGAUAGGCUUGUCCGACUCGCAAGUGGGAGCGGGUCUUCCCGCGGCAGCCGCCGCUCAGACGCUCCUCAAAGAAGGCGGAGCCGCCAUGCUCCUCAUUCUUCUCUUCAUGGCCGUCACCUCGGCUAUGUCUGCCGAGCUCUGCGCUGUAUCGACGGUCUUCUCGUACGACGUCUGGGUCGCGUACAUCCGCCCGCACGCCUCGGAGCGCGAGGUGCUCUUCGUCGACCGCUGCGCCAUCGUCGCGUGGGGAAUUUUCGCGGGCGUCAUCGGCAUCGCCUUCCACUACGCCGGGAUCUCUAUGGGAUGGCUGUAUAACUCGAUGGGCGUGUACAUCGGCGCCGGCGUCGUGCCCGUCGCCAUGGGCAUCAUGUGGCAUCGCGCCAAUCCCAAGGUGUGCGUCACGGCCGCUCUCGUCGGCACGACGUCCGGCCUCGUCGGCUGGCUCGUCUCGACCAAGUGCCUUUACGGUACCGUCACCAUCGACACGACGUUCAAUGAUUACCCUAUGCUCAUCGGCAACGUCCUCUCGUUCUGUGUCUCAGCUCUCAUCGCCUUCUUCGGAUCGCUCAUAUGGCCGAACGACUACGACUGGGUCGAGACGCGCGCCCUUCACCAGCACAGCGAGACUUCCGAGGAAGUCGACGACGUCCCGCUCCCCUCGACGCCCGAGGGCCCCGCCGAGAAGGAGAAGGAAGGCGUCGCGUCGCCUGCUGCGGGUCGUUCCGUCGCCCCAUCUGUCGCCGAGGACGUCCUGCCUCUCGUCAAGGAGGACUCGCCCGAGCAGAUCCGCAAGACGUUGCGCUUUGCGACCGUCGUUGCCAUCGCCACUUUCGUCGUCCUCAUCAUUCUCAUCCCGCUCCCGAUGUGCGGCACCGGCUACAUCUCGACCAAGGCGGGAUUCACGUUCUACGUCGUCGUCACGUUCAUCUGGAUCUUCUGGGGAGCGUUCGUCUGCAUCUUCCUGCCGGUCUACGAGGAGCGCGAAGCUAUCUCGCGCAUCUGCGGGCACAUGUGGGCGGACCUGACGGGCAAGGGACCGAAGAGGGAGCUCGCGGCGGCCGAGUAACCGCAGAGCGAGGAGGGGGAGACGAGGCGGGUCGGGUCCGUGCGCAGCGACUUUGGCUUCCUGAAAUUGCUCAGUUCUAUCGCGACGGG